AUGGCUAUUGAAAUUGUUGAUCUUACUGAUUCCCCUCCUUCAUCACCCAGAUCAUCAGAGACACCAAGAAUCCUCAAUUUAGGUCUUGUUUCUACAGAGAAAACCCAAUUCGAGAAAGCUCCUAUGCCCUUAUGGGAUUGUAAAAAUCCUAAUUUGUGCCACACCUGCCACACCAUCAGCCAACAAACUACUAUUUGGCUAGCUUCAGGGCAUAUCUAUGAACCCUCUCAGAUUGUUACCGGGCUCCAACCCAACAUUCAUUGUGAUCAAGUUGCUAUGGUACUUGAACUAGUACCAUAUUCAAAUGCGUUCUUGUUUCCUCGUGGAGCUAGAUUCAGGAAUCCUUGGACUCCAAGAGAUCAUAAGUUACUUUUUAUGGGGCUAAUCAAGUAUGGAAGUGGAAGAGGAUGCUGGACCAAAAUAACUAAGAACUUUCUGUCGCACAAGACACCCCAACAAGUUCAAAGAUAUGUUGCUAGAUUGUUUAGACACCUACAGUCCACAAACUUAUACAGCUUCGGGAGAAGGAACCCAAUCCAUUUUGCUAAUAACCUCAUGACUGGAAAUUGGAACACCAUAGGUGCAUCUGCCUCAUAUCCCAUGCCAAUGAUUGUUAAUCAACCAGAACAAAUAUUCUCGGUUUUACCAAAUCAAGUUCCUUUCUUUUUGGUACCACCAUCCGGAGAAGCUAACACCAACACCAUCACAUAUGGGUUCCAGAUGCAGACAAGUGGUGCAAGCACUUCCAUGAAUGCUAGUGCUAAUGAAGAAGUUGAUUUGGAGCUACGCUUGGGUUGA